CUUCGCCACCCUAUCAUAUGGAACAAGCAAAGCUUUUUGGUUCCAUUGCAUCCACGCGGCAUGGCGCGAUCGACUGAAAGGUCCCUUUUGAGGCGAUCGACGCCUCGAGAUCUCCGUCUGGAGAGCUCAUCGCCACUACCCGGGUCAUGGGGGGGACCAGCAUCCGAGCAUGACUUCUGGAAACAGACGGUUGCGAGCUGUGAACUGCACCAGCUCGUGGUCAAGCGCCAUCGCCUGAGGGCAUCAAGAGAAUGUGCAGCCAAAGCCAAGAAGAUUUGGCAGGCCUUCUCGGAUUUACAGGAUUUGCUCACAGCUAUGGAGCAGCAGUACACGGAACUCUGUGACGAAGAUGACCCUGAUGGCUCUGGGCCCGAAUGGAGGACCGAUGGAAAUGAUGGGCACCGGCUGUUGGUGGAUUCUCUCCAGCAGAGGCUCUUGGAUCAACAGGCUGUGACGAGGCAGCUGCGAGAAGACAUCUCUCAGGCCACAUGGCAUGAGCAAAAGGCACAAGAGGCCGAGCUGAAGUUGCUUGCUGAAGCUCAAGCUUUUGAAAUUGAGAUGCGCGAGUUACGCUUGCGCAUUGUCACUGAAGAGCAGAAACUGACCUUCGCUUGAUGGGAAAAG